AAUAAAAUUAUAAAAAUAAAUCGAAAGGAUUAAAAAAAAUAAAUUAUUUUUCAUUUCUGUAUCUAUUUUAGCGUCUUGCUUGGCCAACAAUGGCGCGUCUUCUCUCAGUUCUGAUUCUCGUCACUCUUGCCACUAGCUUCAAUUGGUUUCGUUCCCAAAGCGCAGCCGAAAGGAAUUAAGGAUCAAGCAGGUGAUCCAAGACCAAAAAGUGAAGCCGGGUGGUCGAACCAAUCCUACUAUGCCCGAUCCCUCAAGAGUCCUACAAAUCUCAUGGCAUCCAAGGGUCUUUUUAUACCAAGAUUUUCUGUCAGAGGAAGAGUGUGAUGAAUUGAUGGCUUCUGAAAAAACAAUUGUUGCUGAAAUUGAAGAAAGAAUUUCAGCUUGGACCUUUUUGCCCAGAGAGAAUAGCGAGCCAUUAAAGGUUUUGCAAUAUGAGGGUGAAGAUCCCGAGCAAACGUAUAGUUAUCUUGACAAGAACUCCACACAACUUCAAGAUGAACCCUUAAUGGCAACAGUGAUAUUAUACCUUUCCAACGUUACUUCCGGUGGCCAAAUCCUUUUUCCCAAGUCCACGUGUUCCGAAUCCAAUUGCGGGGAGAGUAAUUGCACCAUCAAACCGACUAAAGGAAAUGCGCUUCUAUUUUUCAACUCCAACCUUGACGCAACUCCUGACGACACUAGCUCCCAUGCCAGAUGUCCUGUCAUCGAGGGCAAAAUGGGGUACGCCAUAAAAUUGUUCUACCUCAAAGCGGUCUCCAGAGCCGAAAGGGAUGCAAUUGUGAGCGAUGAUUGCGUGGAUGAAGACGACAAUUGUCCCCGUUGGGCUGCCAUUGGGGAGUGUUCUAGGAACCCUGUUUUCAUGGUUGGCUCUCCUGAUUACUACGGCACCUGUAGGAGAAGCUGUAGUGCAUGCUAAUGGAGUCAUAGUUAUUAACCUCUCAUGGAUUACUAAUGGAAUGCUGAUUUGUUUAUGCUUCAUUCAUGCCCCUUCCAUUCAAAACUCUUCUAAAAAGUUGUGUAUCUUUCUCUUCGUGUUAAUACUCGUAGAAAUUCGAGAUUUUGUACGAAUACUUCAAGAGCACAAAAUGAUCACCAAAAUUUAUGUACCGUAUUUGUACAAUAAUAUUACUUCUUUUUU